CUCCUUGUCACUGUUGAUAAGCUGUCAUGCUUCACCGCUGCCGGAAUCCCCCAAGCCAAGUCCGGAAAUGAGCACCUGGGGUGCAAGGGACGAGUCUCACAGAGUUCAUCUCGGGUAUAGAUACGUAGACCGGGAAAAAGUCUUAAUUUAUGCGCGCGCAGGGAGGAAGCUAGCGAAGGCAGCAGGAAAUGUUGUACCGGCAGAACCUGCGGAGGGAGACGAGAAAAACUGGGUAAUAGAAGGACCUCUGACAGACAUAAGGGCUUCGUAUACCUCGCUGGGGGAGGGUGCGUAUCUGGUUCCCAAUCUGGGUGCAUGGGAGGGGCGCUACGUGUGUGAGGUUUGGGCAGAUUCAGAAAAGUUCAAGACAAGCCCAAAGUUUCUUGUCGAUGAGACGACGCAGGAUUUUCCAAGUAACGAUAAGGCAUGGGACAGAAUGCUAUCGAAAUAUCACAAGACAAUGGAUAGAACUAUUAUUGCUGCGCGACUUCCAAGGGUACAAGUUUAUGCCAUGCGAAUUCCUCCUCGUUAUCUCCCGCCAUCUAGUUGGACAGUUGGGAGUUUGUGGAAGCCUAAGUCUGAUCUUGGAAUAACAGUUCGCUGUGUUGCAAAGAGGAACCUCCAAGCUCUAACUAUCCGUGACCCAGUUAACUGGGGGCAGUGGUGGCCCAAACUGAAUUCUGAAAAUUCGGCAUGGAUGAAUGCGAUAGGAACACAAUAUGACUUGAGUUAAAGUCUAUUUGUUGUCUUCUGGUGUUUGUGGUGAGGGAUCUACUGAGUCGAGUGGGAUGGUGUCAGGGGAGUGCACAUGUGGUUCAAAGGUCAAAAAAUGACUGCAGCAUAUCAGAAAGGGUUGUCAUUGAGGGAACCAAGUAACGGUGACAUUCAAAAUAAGACUGUGUUUGUCCAGCUAAGCUAUACAUAUUCUUGAGAAGAAGUGAUGGAAAGAUGCACAUAUGUUCUCUGGAGGUUUUAAUUGGAAGAUGUUAACAGAGGGUUUAGCUGAGAUUUACUCAGUGUAAAAGGGAUACACACAUACAAGCCACAAGAGGGCAUAAAUUGCAAUAAUCCAGCGAAAGGAUGUUUUUGGACUAGAUCACCCCCACAAAGAAAAGUCCGACGAGAAGGAUAAUGCAUUGAGGGAUUGUCUAGUUCAAUAUGCCAAAAAAAGUGAGUGGAUGGCGCUCUGGGUGUAUGUAGCAGAAGAAUACC